ACCCUUCAACGAUCAACUGCGGGAAUUUGUAGCAGCAGGACAUGAGGAUAGGAUGGAAGCAGAAGUGGAGAGCGGCAGGGACAACAGGGACAACAAGACAGGUCGACUGCUAAGGAGCCUUGCUGUGAGUCGGUUUUGUCUGGAGGACUCUGUGCCGGUCUUGGUGAAACAUAACGUCUUCAUCGGCUCUAUAGGAAGCGUCAAGAACCCCUCAGCGCUGAAACAACUUGGCAUCACGCACGUUCUCGUGCUUUGCUCCGAAAAGUUUUUGAAAGAUCCAGAGAUAUCAUAUCAGGUUGUUAACGAUAUUGAAGACUCGGCAAAUGCGAACCUGUUUCAACGUUUACCAUCUCUGUGCGAGCACAUUGAGGCCAGCGCAAAGAAAGGAGGGAUUCUAGUGAGCUGCUUCCAAGGAAAGAGCCGCUCUGCUGCGGUCAUCACCGCAUAUCUGAUGCAACGUGACGGAUUAUCCUUGGAGCAAGCUCUUGAGCUUGUACGCGCUGCCAGGCCACGAGCACAACCCAAUCUUGGCUUUAUCGCAGAUCUGCGGAGAUGGGGAAAGACACUGGAGGAAGGGAGAGAAGGACAGCGCAACCGAACUACGAGAACAGUGGGGGCGAUGGAGAUGCGAUGACUUGGUACAAGAGAUCAAAAUUCCACUUACAGAUUGUCAUGGACAUGCGAAGAUAGACAUAGUCCAUAACACAACAUUCUUUGUUCCUAAUAGUUAGCAAUCUACAUG